AGCUAUAAAAUGCAAUCUAGAAAAUACACAAAAGAAGCAUUUCAAAAUGCACUGUCAGCUGUGUGGCAGAAUAGGCUGAAAGUCAGACAGGCUGCCCAUGAGUACAGUGUACCAGUGACAACUUUGUAUGAUCAUGUGAGGGGUGUUUAUAAGUCUAACCAGCGAGGGCCAGCUAAACAACUAACACAAGAGGAAGAGACAAGUAUUGUCAACUAUCUGCUUUACAUGGCACGGCACGGAUUACCAAUGACACGUGCUAUGAUACGGUGUUAUGUGGUAGAAAUUGUUAAGAGAUCAGGUCGCAGCAGCCUGUAUAAUUUGGAGAAGGGUCCGUCGGACGAGUGGUUCCGGAAAUUUUAUAAAAGGCAUCCGGAACUGUCGGAACGAAAGGCUGAAAACCAGGACAGAAGUAGGACCAGAAUGUCCAACCCGAAAGUGGCGACCGAGUACUUUACUCUCCUGCAAAAAGUCCUUGGUGAAAAUGGUUUAACAGACAAACCUUCGCAGAUUUAUAAUUGUGAUGAAACGGGCUGGUCCGGGAAAGAGGCAGUGAGAACAAAGGUUGUAGGUCCAAAGACAGGACAUGUCUUUUCGCAGAAGGUCACCACUACCGACCACAUCACAGGACAUUUGUGUGUAUGUGCAGAUGGAACAUUCCUCCCAUCAAUGGUUAUAUUCAAGGGUUCCCUUCCGCACAGAACAUACAACGAUGGUAUACCCGACUCUUGGCUCUUUGCCUUCAGUGAGAGCGGGUAUAUGGACGGGGAUUUGUUCUAUCAAUGGUUUGAAAAGAUAUUUUUGAUACACUGCUGCAAACAAAGACCAGUAUUAUUAAUUAUGGACAAUCAUGACUCGCAUAUCACCUUGAAAGUAAUAGAAAAGGCCAUUGAAAAUGAUGUUAUCUUAAUGGGAUUACCUGCACAUACAACACAUUUUUUGCAACCUCUAGAUGUUAAGAUAAUAGGACCACUAAAGGGUAGAUUUUCUUCAAUUGCGAGCAGACUGGGAUUCGUGAGUCAGAGACUUACAAUCGGCAAAUCAAAAUUUCCGGUUGUCUUGAAAUACUCUGUAGACCAAACAACACCGGCGUCUAUUCAGAACGCAUUUCGAGAGACCGGAAUACAGCCAUUCAACCCAGAUGCCAUUGAUAAAAGCCAGCUUGUUCCUUCAUCGUUUGAUGUAACACAAAGUAACGAAACUGAGCAACACACGUCAAGUAAUACAACUUGUGAAACAUGUGGAUUUUUAUACCCCCGCACAACAAA